UUCAGCUUAAAGUUGCCAAACAUCCAAGAUGUAAAUAAAAUAGCUAAAUAAAUACAAAAGGCCAAAAUAAACUGAUUCCUAAAAUGUCCCGUGUCACGACAACAUAAUAUUUAUCGCAUUUUUAAAUGUUAGCGUUUUUUGUUUUUGUCUCUUGAGGCAAUGACGCAAAGAGAGUUUCAUCUAUCACUGCAUACAGAGAAACCAGGAGAAAUGAAAUAUUGCUUGCACGAAACCUUAACCGGCACAGACGUCCUCCUGUACACACCCUCAACAGAAAUGGGUCUUCACUUCCCAUCAGGUUGUUUUCUGUAUUUAAAGAAGGAAUGCUUCUGAAGACUAACCCAACAACAUAGGUAACUGAGACUUUUAUUCCAAGUUUUGAGGUCAAACGUGAAGUUGAUCUACCACAGGUGAACUGCGUCCUCUCUCUCUCUCUGAUGCACCACCCCUUCUACCCCGAGGGGAGGAGUCAAAGCCUGUGGGCUCUUCGGUAUUUGCUGAAACAAUAAAGGACCUGUCAUGUCAUCAAAAAAGAGGGAGGGUGCUAGAGAGGGGGAAAAAUAAUAAUAUUAGGCUCCAACUGUUACCCCCAAGUCAUUUUCAGAGACAGCAUCGUACCAUUUGCCCCAGGCCUAGCACCACAGAGCAACGCUGAAGGCAUGGGGACAAGACAGUUAAACAUGAUAAAACUGUUACUAUUAGCAGUGACCUUGGCAGAGAUCUGUGCCGCCCAGAAUGACAUGACACUGUCAGUGUUUACAGUCACAUCUAAGACUAUGACCCUGCAGUGGAGCGGCUCGUCUGAAGCCAGCUCCUACAAGAUCACCAUUACACCCAAAUUCUCCUCCAAACCUCCUGUCUUGGUUCACUUCGGUGGCAACACAAAGAUGGCCUCGAUCAUUUCCCUGUCACCAAGCACAGUGUACACUGUCAGUUUGGAAGCUAUGGACAACGGUCUCAAUGCCAUCGGCACUGCGCAGACUGAGGGCAUAACCGCUCCUGAGAUUCCCAGCAUUAUCCAGGCCUACUCCAAGAAGAGCGACAGCAUCACGGUGGAGUUCACUGAGCCCACACUGGAAUUUGCGUUUGAACGUCAAUGGUCCCCAUCUGCCAUCAGUUACCUCCUGAGGGCAGAGAAAGAGGAUUUCUUUCUGGAAGUCCCUGUGAGCGAGUCACCAGGCACCAUCAUUGGCCUCGAGCCCUAUACCGACUACACAAUCAGUGUCAUGUCCGUCAACUCAGGGGGGAGGAGCCAGCCGUCAUACCCCGUUGAAGUCAAGACAGUGGUAACUGCACCUCUGUUUAACACCACCUCCCCCGCCAACGACACCAUCGUCGCGGACUGGCCUGAGGUUGAGAAUGCCGUCCUCUACACGUUCACCAUUAUCCAGCAGGGCUCCAACUCCCGCUUUGAUUUCAACACCACUGACAGCAGCAUAACUUUCACCGACCUGGAGGCAGGGACCAACUACUGCAUCAAGGGCACAUCCUGGGAUGCAGAAGGCCGGCAAGGAGACGACUACACUGCGUGUCAAAUUACACGUCCUGGGAGUCCAAAUGUGGCCCACAUCGCUCUGAGUUCAGGCCGCACGUUUGGAGUGUUUGUGUACUGGAUACCAGUGCAGGGAGGAGAUACCUAUGUAGUGUGGAUCUCCGAUGGUGAAAACUGUACAGCCACGUCUGAAAGUUUCUGUAGCAUCGAUCCAGUGGAGUGUGGCGAGAGCUACACUGUCUCUAUCGUAGCCUCUAACAAUGCUGGUUCAAGCGAACCGUCCGUGCCAACGCAGUUUGUCACAUAUCCAUGUCCUCCAGAGAACAUCUGGGUGGAUGAACCAGAGCCAAGUAACUGCACACUAAUGUGGGAUCCAGUGGCCCUGGUGGACUUCUACAUAGCUUACAUAAAGAGAGAUGAUGGAUACGAGUUGUCGUGCAACACCUCAGAAGCGUCAUGCAACUUUUUCUGCAUGUGUGGCUACACCUACCUGACCACCGUCCUACCCUACAACCAGGCCGGCCCUAGUCCUUACUCACCUGUCCAAAACUACACCACCAUUCCCUGUUGUCCAAAUGAUGUUACUGUAAGUCUGGUUUCUACGGAGACCCUGGAGAUCACGUGGACGGCUGUCAAUGGUGCUGAGCUGUACGAAACAACAGCAGCAGAGUCCUGGAAAACCAUCCAUUGUAAUGACACGGCACCAGUGUGCGCACUCUCUGACCUGAACUGCAACACAGCCUAUUCUGUGAUAGUCACGCCAUGCAGCGAGAUACGUGGAUGCAACAACACCUGCACAGCCCAAACACACGAGACAGCUCCGUGUUCUCCGGAGAUCUUGAACAUGACUCAGUCAAACAAUUCUACGUACAGUGUCUUCAUCACCAAUCCCAACGUAGGAGAGACAGAUUACACCAUUACGGCCACAGGACAACAAACCCUAACGUGUCACACAAAAGAGAGCUCCUGUGAUCUCACUGAGCUGCCCUGCGGCUCCUCCUUCCACGUCACGGCAGUGGCCACAACGGAUGUUGGAGAGAGUUUGCCUAGUUACAGCAAACUUCUGGAGACAGGACCGUGCUGCCCUACAACUGUGGACGUCACUCAGGUCACACAAGCCAUGACCAACGUGACCUGGUCCAGCAGCACCGGAGCUUAUUCCUUUGUCACUGCCCUGACAUCCAUGCAUGGAGAUGCAAAAUGCCACACUACGGACCUGCACUGCCUGAUGGGAUGCAUCACAUGUAGCACCAACUACAGUGUAACCCUGGAGGCCAUCAGCAGCACUGGACACAAGUCCGAGUGCAACUAUCAGGGAUUCUCUUCCAGUCCCUGCUGCCCGACGGGCAUCAAGCUCUACCGCAGCACCAACAACACUCUGAGGGUUUACUGGCACUCAAUGGGUCCUCGCAUUCACACCCAUGUAGUUCAACUGCGUGGGAAGGGGGGAAUCUACACCUGCGAGGCACCACCCCCCAACUCAUACUGUGACAUCGCAGAGACAACAUGUGGGGAUGUGUACAGAGUAGAUGUGGCACCAAAGGGGCCCAAUGGCAUAGUGCAGUUCUGCCACUCAAGGACAUACUCAGUUCCCUGUCCUGGAAGCAACACUGGAAUCUCCCGUGGAAAACGAAGUGUGAGUUAAAAGGUGAGGAUUGUCCUCCACCUGCUGACCAACAACCAGAGAGGACAACACUUCCACCAAGAACAACUGUGAAGAUCCCAAAUAUAUAUAUAUAUAUAUAUAUAUACAGUAUAUACACGUUGAAAUGCACACUUACAGAACUAAUGAUGAAAAGCUAAAUUCUGUUCUGAAUUCACCCUUUUAAAUUAACACAAUUUGCUGUAAGUGAUUGAACUUGAUUUGAUUCCACGAGUACGAGAGUGAAUGUGAUCAUAAAUCCAUGCUAACGCUGAUUGAAAAAAAGACAAUGAAUGAAAAAUAACACUGUAGGACAUCCCCACGUAGAAGGCCUUCUUAGGGCUGCUGCCUGACUCUCAGAACUGCAGAGAGCAUCAGUCACAACGUCAACACAUGGUCGGAGUAUGACCUGAGUCAUGGAUGGUCAGCCCUAUGAAUGACUCAUCUGAUCAGAUUCUAGAAGGUAGAUUCAGUGUAACCUCUGCUUUCAUUGGAUUUAUUUUCUCUGAGUUGACAGAUGACAACAAUAAAAGACAUUGUU